AUGGGAUGGCGGCCCACCGACUUCCGGGGGCCAAACACAUUUCCACCGGCGCCGGCUUCCGUUUGGGUCUGUCUUUCUUGGGUUCAAGGGCUUCCGCCUUCGGGCAUUUCCUUUCCAUGUCUAUCCUCCAUGCGCCAUAGGGUGUCGCCUCGUUCUGUGCGCGCUCCGUCCGGGCCGCCGCAAAACAGCCGCC